UGCCUCCUGCUCACGCCGUCUCUCCUGUCCCAGCGGGAGGUGGAGAUCCUCAUGUUCCUCAGCGCCAUCGUGAUGAUGAAGAACCGACGCUCCAUCACCGUGGAGCAGCACAUCGGGAACAUCUUCAUGUUCAGCAAAGUGGCGAACGCCAUCCUCUUCUUCCGCCUCGACAUCCGCAUGGGCCUGCUCUACCUCACACUCUGCAUAGUCUUCCUGAUGACCUGCAAGCCCCCCCUCUACAUGGGCCCCGAGUACAUCAAGUACUUCAGCGACAAGACCAUAGAUGAGGAGCUGGAGCGGGACAAGCGGGUGACCUGGAUCGUCGAGUUCUUCGCCAACUGGUCCAGCGAGUGCCAGUCCUUCGCCCCCAUCUUCGCCGACCUCUCUCUCAAGUACAACUGCUCGGGGCUGCACUUCGGGAAGGUGGACGUUGGCCGGUACACGGAUGUCAGCACCAGGUACAAGGUCAGCACCUCACCCCUCACCAAGCAGCUGCCCACCCUCAUCCUCUUCCAGGGCGGGACGGAGACCAUGCGCCGGCCGCAGAUCGACAAGAAGGGCCGGGCCGUGUCCUGGACCUUCUCCGAGGAGAACGUGAUCCGGGAGUUCAACCUCAACGAGCUCUACCAGAGGGCCAAGAAGCAGGCGAAGCCGCGGGAGGAGGGGCCUGAGGAGCCCCCCGCGCACCCCGACGGGGAGCUCAAGAAGGAGAACAAGAGCUGACGGGUGUUCGGGCGCAACGCGGCGGCGGUGAGCGAGGCCCUGCGCGGGGCCGUGGCCCACCUCCCCGUGGACAUCAACCCCCGGCAGCCGCGCAGGAACAGCUUCGAGGUGUCCCUGGUGAAGGAGGACGGCAGCACCGUGGAGCUGUGGAGCGGCAUUGGGAAGGGGCCCCCCCGCAAGCUGAAGUUCCCCCAGCCGGAGGCCGUGGUGGAAGCCCUGAAGAGCAGCUUGGCGUAG